AUGUCCCUCCAAAAUAAAUUCAAAAAUACUUUCAAACUAUACAACUAAAAUCGCUGUUGAAUUAUUAAUCGAGGUUUUUUCUAAUCAAAAAAACUAAUUUCGCUAACUUUUUCAUUGCCAUCAAUCAGCCCUUUUUACGAUAUGUAUAUCAAUGAUCAUGCAGCCCUGGUUAAUAUUUGUUGUUUGAAACGUUGCAGCCAAAUGAUUUUUAAACAAUCAAAAUAUGUCUUCUGUCCGACCGCUGGUGACCGUGGUGCGGGCCGGGCAGCAUAGCUACUCUGCAGGACUACAGCUACAGCAACGUCUGGCUAAGUCCAACCAGAUCCUGGUUCCGCCAGCGGAGUUCCGAAACUACCUGGUGCUUCAGGAGCACGAGCCGGUCUACACAGUCGGACUGAGAACGAAGGACUAUACGGUGGAGGAUGAGGACCGACUCCGCCGGCUAGGAGCGGACUUCCAUCGUACAGAUCGCGGUGGCCUGAUCACAUUUCACGGCCCCGGCCAGUUGGUGGCCUAUCCCAUUCUGCACCUGGGACAGUUCACGCCGAGUAUCCGCUGGUACGUGGCGACGUUGGAGAGAAUGGUUGUCGAGGCUUGCCAACAGAUGGGCAUUCGCGGUGCCAAGGCGACCAAAGACACCGGUAUCUGGGUGGGUGAUAACAAGAUCUGUGCCAUUGGUGUCCACGGCUCGCGUUACGUCACCACACAUGGAAUCGGCCUCAAUUGCUGCACGGAUCUGCGCUGGUUCGAGCACAUUGUGCCCUGCGGUAUCGAAGGCAAGGGGGUCACCUCGCUCAGUAAGGAGCUGGGCAGACAUUUUUCGGUCCAGGAGGCCAGUGCCGCCCUCCUCACAAGUUUCGCCAAAGUGUUCGAAUGCCGCCUUCAGGAACAGGUCACAACACCAGCUAAUCCUGCUGAAAUCGGUUAAUACGGUUUUUUGAUACAACAUUUAUAAAUUAG